AUCCUGCACUGCUGGGCCCUUCCUGCUUUUCAAAAUCCGGUUCGAUUCCACAGAGCUUCUCCCUAGAUCCCCAAAGGUCAGUACUUAGGAAGCCCGCACAGAGGCCUUUUUCUAGCUGCCUCCUGUUUCUGACCAUGAGCUGCAUCGCUGCUGUGCGGAGGGCAGCGGCCGCUCCGCUGGAAGGCCAUCUCGCAGCCCUGCCAGCCUUGUUUCAGCAGCAUGCAGCAGAUCAGGUGCGCACUUUUGCUACUGGUGAAGCUAAUUCUGAUUCGCAGCCAAUCCCGAAACCGCGGAGGGGUUCUCUGGCCGAUGUGGCAGACCGGCCCCCACCUCCGGAAGCAAAGCCUGUGAUCGAACCUGGUAUGGACCCCAGUGACUGGGACCCCAGCGACCCUAAGUAUCAGCGGCUUACGAAGCAGCUAGUGUGGGCCGUCAAGACACGCCCUGCCCCAGAGGCCACAGAAUCGACCAAUGUGCACGAGCCCACAAAAGCCUUGCCUGCGGACCGGCACACCGACGCCCGCAGCGGGAAUGUGUACGAGGAAGACGUCAAAGUGGGCGCAGGGCGGUUGAAUGUCCUGCAUCUGAAGGAGAUCUAUCUGAAGCGCUUCGAAGCGAGGAGCCAAGGCAACACGCUCGAGGCCGGGGAGCUGGCGAAAGAGUACGGCAUCGAUCCGGGUUUAUUAGAAAAGGUUUUCAAGUAUACGGAGCUACCCAUCGCCCGACAAGAUAGACGAGGCAGGACCGUUGGGCUGAGCCACGAAGAAGCUCUGCAGCUUGCAAAAGAAGAAAGCUCGAUGUCUUAGGCGCAUGCGAGCAGCAGUGGGUAAAAGUGCCGAGAGGGUCAAGCUGCCUCAUACUCUCUAGCAAAUGAUCGCUCCCAAAGUGGGGCACAGUCAACCUGACACGAAAUGGUUUGCUCAUGCGUAUGCAUGGUUUAUUUCAAGCGCGAAUCCUACUAGAUUGUUUUAAUGCUUUGCUUAAGCUGAUUUGCAGUUCUCGAGCUUGGGCUCUGAGUUGCAUCAAGAGUUUCC